AUGAUCGUGCAUUUCUCCUGCCAAGUUCACAGUGCCUAUUGUGCAUUCCACGACGACUACAUGUUUGCUUUCAAGACGAAAUUCGCUCCCGUCUGGUUACACUUGAUGUUUCUACAGAUGCAAUCGACGUCGAUCGAAAGUGGCUGCGGUGUGGUGUCGCAGUCAUCGGCCUCGUUUCUGACGUUGGCUCGAUGCUGGGAGUGCCUUCCGGCGCGAAUCACGAAAGAACGAGCUUUUGUCACUCUGGUCACGAGCGCCUUUCCGACAGUAAAGGAACAAGACAAAUUGUACAAGGAAUUGGAAGAAGCCUCAUUUUUUGAUUGCUUCUCUCUGGACGGACCAUCGAAUCGAUGGAGUUGUUUCAGCUGCUCUCAUCCUGAACGAGUGAAGUCAUUUGUCGAAGACGGCGGUUCACAACGUGUCCUCGAAGGUCAACUGAAAGAGAAGAAAGGUCGAUGGCGAUUUUUACGGCGAUGGCACACGAAAUAUUUCACGUUGUCCAGUGCAGCGCUCACAUGCAGCUCAGAAGAAGCGGUUAGUUCGUUUUGG